AUGAUUCCUCCAGAUGCCAUUUUUGCCUCUAUGGGGAUGUUCAUCAUUGAUGAAAUCCACUACUCUGAGAUGUUUCACCAGGAACCGCAGUACGACAUUAUUGGCGGAGGUGGGACCUACGGGGCCAUUGGUGCCAGAAUCUUCGCCACCAAAGACAACCGCACUAGGAUUGGCUGGAUUGUAGACCAAGGAUCUGACUUUCCCGAACAUAUUCGAACCGAAAUUGACAGCUGGUGCACCGGUGUGAUCUAUCGGAGAGACAACUCCAGGCUCACCACCCGUGGGAAGAACACGUACACGGAGCGGGAGAAACGCGACUUUGAAUACAUGACACCGAAAAAACGAAUUGAGGUGGUUGACUUACUUGAAAAUCCUUCAUUGUUGAAGUCUCAGACAUACCAUCUCAUCUGCUCCAGUGAGCGGUGUCUUGAGAUCAUCGGAGCCUUGAAAGAAGGGCGAGCACAGUAUGAUAUUCCGGAUCCGGUGAUUAUCUGGGAGCCCGUACCCUACGACUGCACGCCCGAAAACUUUGCUCAUUGUUGUGCAAUUUUGGACAGGGUAGACAUAUUUUCGCCCAACGCAGCGGAGGCAGCAGCAUACUUUGACAAGCCAGAACCAAGCGAGCCGGCAGACAUUGAAGCCGUUGCAGACGCGUUCCUCCCCUUUUUGAAAAAAAAGUCACUCUAUGGCAACGGUGUUGUGUUGCGAUGUGGCGCCAUGGGAUGCUUGGUCAAAACUUCCGUCUCCAAGACUACGAGCUGGAUUCCCGCGUACCAUAAUCCGCAGAACCUGGACUACAAGGUGGUGGACCCUACUGGCGGGGGAAACACGUUUGUUGGGGCCUUUGCCGCGAGCUUUAUAGUAGGGAAGGGAAAUUGGACUUUGAGCGGCAUAUGUGGUAACAUUGCCAGUGGCAUAGCCAUCGAAACUAUCGGCGCCCCAGUGCUUUCUAGUGCAAAUGGGAAGGAUAUUUGGAAUGGGGUGAGCUUGGAAAGCAGGAUAUCCAGAUAUAUUGAGCGAAACCCGCAGUUGACCGUCUCAGCGGAGGAAGUUUUAGCCAUUGUCUGA